GAGAAAUCACUUCCUACAGCGCAGAGAGGAGAACCCGCUACAAACUUACCAGCCGAGACAAACGACGCGGAGCCUGUGGCCUAGUCUGCGUGCUGUCUAAAAACGAGAAAACACUCAGAUAAGACACUGUCUGUCUCAUAUACUUAAACAUACAUAGACGCGGUUUGAUUAAGGCGUUUAUAACAUAUUUAUCACCAUCUCUCUGUGUGAAAGAGCUUCCUCGCGGGGUUCAGGCUAGCUAACGUUAGCUAACUUAGCUAAGCGCAACGGCGCACAACAGCAACCAGAGAGCACAUUUAUCAACUUUUUGCAGAAGUUUGUGCGGAUAUUUUGUGUGUAUCUUGAUUAACUCAAAUAUAUUUGACUAAAUUGACCGAAUGUGUUAAAACCUGUCGUGUAUGUCAGGCGCAGACAUCACAUUUUGAAGUAAGAUAGGUUAUCUAGCUCAGCUAGCGUUAGCUAAGCUGCUAGAGGGUUGUGCUCACUCGGCCGUGCCAGUUCAUCCAACCACGGAUCCAGCAUGUCGGACUUCGAUGAAUUUGAGAGACAGCUGACUGAAAACAAGCAAGGUGACAGUCUUAACGGCCAUGAGCGCGACAAAGAGAACAGGCACAGGCGGCGCAGCAGCUCACGCAGCCGCAGCCGGGAGAGGAAGAGGAGGAGCAGGGAGAGGAGGAGCAGGGAGCGACGCAGCAGCAGCAAGGACCGCAGGCAUAGACGCGGUGAUUCCUCGCACAGGGAGAAGAAGAAGAAAGUAAAAAAGUACUGGGAUGUCCCUCCUCCAGGUUUUGAGCACAUUACACCCAUGCAGUACAAGGCCAUGCAGGCUGCUGGUCAAAUUCCUGCCACAGCACUCUUGCCCACUAUGACACCUGAGGGGCUGACCGUCACACCUACCCCAGUGCCCGUAGUGGGCAGUCAGAUGACCCGCCAAGCAAGAAGGCUCUACGUGGGCAACAUCCCAUUUGGCAUCACAGAGGAAUCCAUGAUGGACUUUUUCAAUGCUCAGAUGAGACUUGGAGGUCUUACUCAGGCUCCAGGAAACCCUGUCCUUGCUGUCCAGAUUAACCAGGACAAGAACUUUGCCUUCCUAGAGUUCCGCUCAGUGGAUGAGACCACACAGGCCAUGGCGUUUGAUGGUAUCAUAUUCCAAGGUCAGAGUCUGAAGAUCCGCCGGCCACAUGAUUACCAGCCCCUACCAGGUGUGAGCGAGAACCCCAGUGUGUAUGUGCCAGGAGUGGUAUCCACUGUGGUUCCUGACUCUAUUCACAAGCUUUUCAUUGGAGGUCUGCCCAACUAUCUCAAUGAUGACCAGGUGAAAGAAUUGUUGACUUCCUUUGGCCCCCUAAAAGCAUUCAAUCUUGUGAAGGACAGUGCCACAGGCCUCUCUAAAGGCUAUGCUUUCUGCGAAUAUGUUGACGUCAACGUCAACGACCAGGCUAUUGCAGGACUGAAUGGGAUGCAGUUAGGAGAUAAGAAGCUCUUGGUCCAGAGAGCGAGUGUGGGAGCCAAGAAUGCCACUCUGACGAGCAUAAACGAGACCCCAGUGACACUGCAGGUGCCAGGUCUGAUGAACAGCUCCAUGAAUCAAAUGGGUGGAAUCCCCACUGAAGUGCUGUGUCUGAUGAACAUGGUGGCCCCAGAGGAGCUGCUGGACGACGAGGAGUAUGAGGAGAUUGUGGAGGAUGUCAGGGAUGAGUGCUCCAAAUAUGGCCAGGUCAAGAGCAUAGAAAUUCCCCGACCCGUUGACGGCCUGGAGAUCCCUGGAACUGGCAAGAUCUUUGUGGAGUUCACAUCAGUGUACGACUCCCAGAAAGCCAUGCAGGCCUUAACAGGGAGGAAGUUUGCUAACCGAGUGGUGGUGACCAAAUACUGCGACCCUGAUGCCUACCACCGCCGAGACUUUGGCUAGACAGGAAUGGAUGGAAGAGGAGGAGUGGAGGAGAACAGUCUGUAUGGAGAUGGAGGAGUGAAUGGAGGGAUGGCAGAAGAGGGGACUUUUUGUAAUUUUUUUUUUUCUUUUUUGUGGAAGAUGGCAUUUGCUUUUUUUAAAGGGGGUAUUAAAAGCAGAACAUUGCAAACAGCUGUAAUGUAAUUUUGUGUUUUAAAAAAAACAGUGAGGAUUCAUUCAGUUAAUUAUUUGAUUUUAAUUGAAUUAGAUUGUUAGAAGCGGGAAGUAAUGACUUAGCUCCCUAAAUCAGAGAAUAGUGACAAUGGCAGGAGUGAGUAGUACUGAACGUUUAAUUCUUCACACUUCACACAACCACCAAAGAGAAAAAGGAAGCUAUCUUUGAUCUUUGAUCUCUCUUCAAUCACUAAUUUUCUCUGCUGGGGAACCGACGGCAUUGUUUCUGCUUCUCUCACUUUUUUCAGCUGUUUCUAUCCAGAUUUGGUUUAGUUGAACCAAGGGUUAGUUUAUGCCCAACUUUGUCUGUCUGUUUCCUGUACGCAUCACCGCCUUGUACAAUGGCAGUGUUACAUCAAGUCUAGUGUGGCACCUUUGUGUCUCUGUAUGUGUGAAUUUGAAUAUAAUAGCCCUCGUUUGAUAAUAAAACUAUUGAAAAAUAUCUUCAUUUGGUGGCUGUAUUACGCUGGUGUCUUGUGACAGAUUUGCAGUGGUUUGCCUGUUGAACCAGUUGAUUUAGCCUGCAAAUAUAACAUCCACAGUGAAACCUU